GAACCUCCCAUACCACAAUUAAGCACAUAUAUCCCUCUUUGGUUCUCUCCUUCCCACAAAAUGUUGAAAACUAUUGCUUCUUCCUUCCAUGGAUUUUCAUUUGAGCAAUCAGUGAAACACAAAGAACCCAAUUGUUCAAAAGGGUUCGUAUACAGGGAUGAGUUGAGUAAGAAGGUACAGCCUUCAACCAUGGAGAAAGGCAAACCAAAGAAGGGUGAUUGCCGUAGUAAACAUAAGACGACCGGCGUGGUGGAGGAGAAGGGGACGACAGUGAUGAGAGUGAAAGUGAAGAUGACAAAGCAAGAGGCAGCGCGUUUGCUAGCCAAGUGUAAAGAAGGAGGAACUCUUGAGUUCAAGGACGUGGCGAGGGAGCUGGUAGAAAUCCCAGUUGGUCGUGUUAGCAUCGUGGACCACAACCUUAUGACUGCUGGUGCUGGAAAAACUUCGGCCCUUGAGAGCAUCCCGGAAUAGUUAGAAAAUAUUUUCAGUUCUAUAGGUCUGUAGUUCCGCUAGCAAUUUAGGUGCUUGUGCUAUAAGAACCCAAGAACUUUGGAAUCUAGAGAUGUUUUUUUUUUCUUUUUUUGGAUAAAAUGUAAAAUUUUCUUUAUCCAAAAAAAACUGUUAUGUAUACACAAGCAGCAGCAGCCGCAGCUACAAUCAAUUACAACUACAAUU